UCCAGAUGACUCGAAUAAGAGAACUCCUUCAUUAAUGCAGGACAAAUUUAAUAUUUGACCAUGGAGACAAAUACCCCAAAUGUUGCAGGAUUUUAUGCAGAAGAAAAUAAAGAUAACAUAUACGAAACUGUCCUUGGAGAGAUUAAGUACUUGGAGCUGCCUCUAGGAAUCACUUUAGGGUCUGUAUAUGAUGAUCAGCCAAAUGCACAUCAAAAGUUUAUGGAAAAACUAGAUGCUUGUAUACGCAACCAUGACAGGGAGAUUGAAAAAAUGUGCAAUUUUCAUCAUCAAGGCUUUGUGGAUGCUAUUACAGAACUUCUUAAAGUCAGAGCUGAUGCAGAAAAACUAAAGGUCCAAGUUACUGAUACCAACCGAAGGCUUCAGGAUGCUGGGAAAGAGGUGAUAGCUCAAACAGAGGAAAUAAUCCAGUGUAGACUUCAGCAAAGGAAUAUUACUACAGUGGUUGAGAAGCUUCAAAUGUGUCUUCCAGUACUGGAAAUGUACAGCAAGCUAAAAGAGCAGAUGAAUGUAAAAAGAUAUUAUUCCGCUUUAAAAACUAUGGAUCAGUUGGAGAACAUAUGCUUUCCUAGAGUUAGUCAGUAUCGGUUUUGCCAGAUAAUGAUUGAAAACCUUCCAAAACUUCGUGAAGAAAUUAAAGAAAUUUCCAUGUCUGAUCUUAAGGACUUCCUAGAGAGUAUCCGGAAGCAUUCAGAUAAAAUUGGUGAAAUAGCAAUGAAACAGGCUCAGCAGCAGAAGAUCUUUAAUGCUGCUUUACAGAAGCAGAACAAUCUAAGUUAUGGGAGAAGUAUGUAUAUAAGUAAUGAUGGCCUUCCAGAACCAAGAAAUGAAAUGUUUUUAAAGCAAAACCUUGAAGAAGAGGAGGAGCAUGAAGAUGAGGUUUUGACAGCUCAUGAUCUGGUAGAUUUUUCUCCCGUGUACAGAUGCUUGCAUAUUUAUUCAGUUCUGAGUGAUGCAGAGACAUUUGAAAACUACUACAGAAAACAGAGAAGGAAACAAGCAAGACUAGUAUUACAGCCACAAUCAAACAUGCAUGAAACAGUAGAAGGCUACAGAAGAUAUUUCAGUCAAAUUGUAGGUUUUUUUGUAGUGGAAGAUCACAUUUUACAUGUAACUCAAGGACUGAUAACGAGAGCUUACACUGAUGAACUUUGGAACAUGGCACUUUCCAAGAUUAUUGCUGUCCUUAGAACUCAUUCGUCCUAUUGCACUGAUCCUGAUCUUGUUUUGGAGCUGAAGAAUCUGAUUGUUGUGUUUGCUGAUACCUUGCAGGGUUAUGGUUUUCCUGUGAACAGACUAUUUGAUCUCUUGUUUGAAAUAAGAGACCAGUAUAAUGAAACGCUGCUUAAAAAAUGGGCUGUGUUGUUCAGGGAUAUUUUUGAAGCAGAUAAUUACAGUCCAAUACCUGUUUCAAAUGAAGAGGAAUACAAAAUAGUCAUUAGCAAAUUUCCUUUUCAAGAUCCAGAACUUGAUAAGCAGUGUUUUCCAAAGAAACUUCCAAUGUCUCAGUCAGUGCCUCAAAUUUAUAUCCAGGUUAAAGAAUUCAUUUAUGCAAGCCUUAAGUUUUCAGAAUCGCUUCAUCGCAGUUCAACAGAAAUAGAUGAUAUGCUUAGAAAGUCUACAAACUUGCUGCUGACUAGAACGUUAAGCAGUUGUUUACAAAACCUCAUCAAAAAGCCUCACAUUGGUUUGACAGAGUUGGUUCAAAUUAUCAUAAAUACGACACAUUUGGAGCAAGCAUGUAAAUACCUUGAGGACUUCAUAACAAACAUUACAAAUAUUUCCCAAGAAACUGUUCACACAGCAAGACUAUAUGGUCUCUCGACGUUUAAGGAUGCAAGGCAUGCUGCUGAAGGGGAGAUUUAUACCAAGCUUAACCAAAAGAUUGAUGAGUUUAUUCAGCUUGCUGAUUAUGACUGGACAAUGACCGAACCAGAUGGGAGAGCCAGUGGCUAUUUAAUGGAUCUGAUUAACUUCUUGAGAAGCACCUUUCAGGUUUUUACUCACUUGCCUAAUAACAACAAUGACCAUGCAGCUAUGUCGGGGAAAGUGGCACAAACAGCUUGUAUGUCCGCUUGCCAGCAUUUGUCAACCUCCCUGAUGCAGAUGCUGUUGGAUAAUGACUUAAAACAAAUAAGCAUGGGAGCCAUUCAGCAGUUUAACUUAGAUGUCAUACAGUGUGAAUUGUUUGCAAGUUCUGAGCCUGUACCUGGAUUCCAAGGAGAAACCUUACAGUUAGCAUUCAUAGACCUCAGACAACUCCUGGAUCUCUUCAUGGUGUGGGACUGGUCGACGUACCUGGCGGACUACGGCCAGCCGAGCUCCAAGUACCUGCGAGUGAACCCCAGCACCGCCUUGGCCCUCCUGGAGAAAGUCCACAAAGGAAUGAAGGACCUGAGCAAAAAGAACAACAUCUUUGCCCAGUUCCGGAAGAACGACCGCGACAAACAGAAGCUCAUCGAGACGGUGGUGAGGCAGCUGCGAGGGCUGGUGAACGGGAUGUCUCAACACCCUUAAGCCGCCCCGGCUUUGGGGAGCCAGCCGGGAUCCCGGUCAGGGAAACCUGCUCCACGGAGAAGGAGACGAUCGGAUGGAAGGGACAGGCCUGUUGGCAUUUCCAACAGAGUAGAUACUUUUAAAGGAAAAAAAACCACAGCUUUGUAAAUCAUGAAAGGGCACCGAGGCAAGUCGCAAAAUUGUACAAAUCCGCCGCUGGCUUGUAAAUACCUCCUCUGGUCUUUGGGCACUGCAAGUCUUUGGGCAAAUCGAGGUUGAGUUUCGGUUGGAGGGGGUGCCCCGCUCCACUCAGAAAUGACUUGAACAAGCUUGCCCCCCUGUCGCCGCUUUCUGCUUGCUCUGUCCUCUUUUCUAAAGGGAGACCUUUCUCCUGUGUCAGACGCUCUUUUGCCCUCCGUAGGAUUUGUAUACCGUGACCCAAUACGGUUUUCUAUACCAGUUUUUCUUUUUGUAGGCUGGAUGGUGAGGGGAAUCUUUUUUUGUAGUGCCCGUAAAACUACCUGAAUCAAACACCGGCGCUGGGAGUGUUUGAACCGCUGGACUUUUCUAGACUCUUCUUAACACCCCCCCCCCAAAACCUGGAGUUUUCUCCGCCUCACUUCCGGCAAGACCAGGGAUAAGAUGCCAAUGUCAUGUGUGAGUGUAAUUCUGGGUGUUCCUAGCGUUAGAUUCCCCCCCCCGCCCCCAACCUAUCCUGCACUGGAGCAUCCCGGCUAUUGGAAACACAAGCGAAUGUAUGAGGAUGGCAAACCAAAUGAACUUGGGGACGCGCAGAAAAGAAUGUACAUUUCCCUUUUUUUGCUCCGUGUAUUAAGUUAUUUGACGGUCCAAAAUACAGUAAUAUAAACCCUU